AUGGACAUUGACGAUAUCCUUCGAGAGGUCGACCCCCAGACACACCACAUCCCCCGCCAGACACGCGACCUGCAAGCUCUGACGCGUCGAUGGGUGGCAGAGAGGUCGGCGCCAGAGCUCCUAGACUGGCCGUCGGACGGGCUGUUUGAGCGCGUAAAUGACCAAAUCAAGGCGCAAAUCGAAAAGAUCGAAGACAUGACGGGUGACAUGGACCCCAAGACCAACUUUGCCCUCAUCGUCCUCCAAACAGAACUAGAGCGCUACAAGUUUCUUGUCCGCAGCUAUCUGAGAGCUCGAAUCGCAAAGAUUGACAAGCAUACCCUUCACUACCUCUCGACCGAAGAACUGCGCGGCCGAUUAUCAUCAACCGAGCUCGCGUAUGCCACGCGCCACCAAGCCCUCCUCCACAACCACUACCUCUCCUCCUUCCUCGCGUCCUUUCCCGAGAAGCUCCAGAACCUCAACGACACGGCCGGCAACAUCAGCAUGAUUGAUUCGCCUGACAUGGACACGGCCGUCUUUGUUCGCAUGCUGCGCGACAAGGACGUCUACGGCCGCGGCACGGACCGCGACAACACACUGCCGACGUCGAAUGGCGACGUCCUGAUUCUGCGGUGGUCCAGCGCCAAGCAACUGGUGCUGGACAUGGACGCAGAACUGGUAUAA